AUGGAGGACUCAACACCACCCACCAUACAUGACAUCAUCAUCGUCGGCGCCGGGCCAUGCGGACUCGCAGUCGCCGCCCGGCUCAGCGAACACACGCCGUCGGCCAUCUUCACCGACGACGAGCACCAGCGCUACAACUGGAUCCGGCGGCACGCGCGGCACAUGACGAUCAAGAACCGCAAGACGGGCGCCGACAGCAAGCCGAAGCCGGAGCCGCCCCGGACGGAGCGCAAGUACUCGACGCUCGUGCUCGACGGGUCCGGCAGCACCUGGAUGGCCAAGUGGAACCGGCUGUUCCGGCUGUUCGACAUCAAGCACCUGCGCAGCCCCAUGUUCUUCCACGUCGACCCGGGCGAUCGCGACGGCAUGCUCGCCUACACCUACGAGCACGGCCGCGAGCACGAGCUCGUCGAGAUCCGCGGCUGCGUCGGCAAGGAGCUGAGCAAGCACCAGAAGAAGAAGAAGCGCGCGUCCGGGAAGUGA